GCUGAAUGAUCCCAAAAAGUUGGCAAGAACAGCGAACAGCCCGGACCAGCACAGACAGCAGACCAGCACAUCGGCGACUGUCCACAGGACCGAGGAGAUGGGGGACAAAGCGGGGACCAGAGUCUUUAAGAAGUCGAGUCCGAACGACAAGCUCACUGUUUAUCUUGGAAAGCGAGACUUUGUUGAUCACUUAGACCACGUAGAUCCAGUAGAUGGAAUGCUCCUUGUAGACCCAGAGUAUCUGAAAGGUCGAAAAGUGUUUGUGACUCUGACCUGUGCGUUUUGUUACGGUCGGGAGGACCUGGAUGUCCUAGGCCUUUCCUUCCGUAAAGAUCUGUAUGUCAGCACCGUCCAGGUCUUUCCUCCUCUGCAGGAGGAAAAGAAGCCUCUGAGCCACCUGCAGGAGAGGCUGCUGAAGAAGCUGGGUCAUCGUGCCUACCCCUUCAACUUCACUAUCCCCCAGAACCUGCCUUGCUCAGUGACCCUCCAGCCAGGUCCAGAGGACACUGGGAAGGCAUGUGGUGUGAACUAUGAGCUUCGAGCAUUCUGUGCCAAGACUGUGGAGGAGAAGAUCCAUCAAAGGAACUCUGUGCAUCUGGUGAUCAGGAAAGUUCAGUACGCCCCAGAGAAGCCAGGUCCACAGCCGAUGAUGGAGACCAGUCGCAGCUUCCUGAUGUCUGAUAGAGCUUUACACCUAGAGGCCUCAUUGGAUAAGGAGCUGUACUACCACGGUGAGCCCAUCAGUGUCAAUGUCCAUGUCACCAACAACUCUUCUAAGACUGUCAAAAGGGUGAAGAUAUCUGUUCGUCAGUAUGCUGAUAUUUGUCUGUUCUCCACCGCUCAGUAUAAGUGCCCAGUUGCCCAGGUUGAAGCAGACCACCAGGUUUCUCCCAGCUCCACCUCCUGCCAGGUCUACUCUCUGACCCCCGUGCUGGGUAUAAACAGGGAAAAGAGAGGCCUGGCCCUGGAUGGAAAGCUGAAGCAUGAAGACACCAACCUGGCCUCCAGCACCAUAGUAAAAGAAGGGACCAACAAGGAGAUGAUGGGCAUCAUGGUUUCCUACAGAGUCAAAGUCAAACUGGUGGUGUCUCUUGGGGGGGAUGUAGCAGUGGAACUUCCUUUUGUCCUGAUGCAUCCCAAACCUAUAGACCAGCCCAGCUCCCAACCACAGUCAAUUGCUCCAGAGGCUGAUGCUCCUGUGGAUACAAACCUCAUAGAGUUUGACAUGCAUACUUCCUCUCAGGCUGAUGACUUUGUGUUUGAAGAUUUUGCUCGUCUGCGGUUGACAGGGAUGAUGGAUGACAAGGAUGAGGACAAACCCUUCUGUUAGCUCCUCCUCCUUCAGCAUCAGUUACUUGUCUGAGCGAAAGGUUACAAACCACUCAACCAAGAACCCAAGAAGAAGAAAAUGAGCAGACGGCCAGAUGUGUGAGGACAACCUCUGGAGUCUUGCCACAUGCUUUGAUUGUACCAUUUACUCUGUAUGGGCUAUGGUAUGUCUGUUGUUUAAGGAGCAGCCAACAAAAAAUCAGCUGCUUGGUGUCUUACACAUAUAGACCUAUCAUAACAUAGAUGACAGGUCACUUGUUGUUUUCAGGUAUCAGUGAAACCGCUAAAAGCUAUGACAGAGGAACCUAACUUUUAUUGCUUCCUAUUGAUUUGUCCUUCACCUCUUUAUACUCAAGUAAAUCGAGUGCAUUUUUAUGACUGCACCGGCCACAGCUGUGGCUGGAGGCUGUAUGUUUUCAGGUUGUCUGUUAUCUGUCCGUCCCAUUCUUGUUUUUCAGAUGUGGUGCAAACAUCCGCUUAAACUAAAGCAUGAACUGAGUUCAUUGAGUAUGGUGGUCAAAGGUCAAGGUCACUGUGACCUCACGCCUGUCCCAUUCACGUGAACGUGGUAUCUCAGGAAUACCUGGAGGGAAGUGGCACAAACGUCCACUCUGACUCCAGAAUGAACUGAUUUUAGUGGUCUACGCUCCACUUUAUUACAUUAUUCAACACCAUAACUCAGGAACAGAAGGUAUGAUUGUCACCAUAUUUCACAGUGGGUUGGACACUGAAUAGGUAACACUUUUGACUGAAAGGUCAAAGGUCAUUGUGACCUUAAAAUACAUUUACACAUUUUGGGUAGCACUAAUCUGUAAGAACCCAUCUUUACAUAGUAAUCGAAUUUAUGUGUACCUUUUCAACCAAUACAUCUAUGAAUAGUUCCACAAUGUAUAUUCACUGGUAUCAUAUCAUAAAUAUAGUAGUAUAAUUACCUUUUUUCAAAUCCUAGUAUUAAGUAAGUAAGUAUUUACUGCAUCUAUGAGUCUGGACACAUAGAUGGAAACUACAACUCACUGGUUGGCCGAGGCAUACAAUUGCGGCAGUUCUGGUUAUAUUUGGUUCAGAAAAAGCUAGAGUUAAAUUUGUAAACAGGAAUGAUUUUAUUUUAGUAGUUAUUUUUGCUAAUAUAUAUUUCCCUUAUCUCAAGUUGGAUGGAACAGAUAUCAAUAGGUGAACUAACUGAAACAAAUUCCCAUCAUGCAUACAGAUUUUUAAUGUCUGUUGAACAGCCAGGAGUUGUUUGACUCUAGCUUUGGCCUUCCAGUGCGAGAUCAGCUCUUCUUUAGUGCACCUCCAAAAAAUACACUAUUAUUCUGAUGAUUAGCACUGUGUAGUUAGUAUGCUUUUCCAGGUCCAAAAUUGUAAAGUGAAAGGGGUACACUGAUUUUCACUUAUUUGAGACAUUCUCGUGCUAGGUGCACAGUGCCUCGUGUCUCUCCUGGAUCUACACACAAUCCUAAUGCCCAGUAUGUACAAGUUAUUAGCCCUGUGUCCCAAAUGCAUACAAUGUACUCCUAUAUAUGACCACAUUUUGAAUACGCAGUUUGUUCUCACUGGCAAAUAAAAAAUAAACACUUACAAAUGCUGCUUAA